CUCUGUCAUACAUCCUGCGUAUUCUCUCAGUUGACUUCUCACUUCUUCCCAAUUGCAACUAUAAAUCCUCCUGUUCUGGAAAAUACAGUAAAUCGCCAUGGGUCUCGCUCUGAAGAAGCCGAAAGACGUGCCCGGCCGCUCCUGGCCGGCCAUUGUCAUUGGUUUCUUCGUUGCCUUUGGUGGUAUUCUCUUCGGAUAUGAUACCGGCACAAUUUCCGGCAUCAUUGCCAUGGACUACUGGAAGGCGCUCUUCACCGACGGUACGCGCGAUGCGAAUGGCGGACCCGACAUCUCCGCCUCGAACACCGCAGCUAUCGUCUCCAUCCUGUCUGCCGGUACCUUCUUUGGCUCGCUCUCCGCAGCACCCUUCGCCGACUUCCUCGGUCGUCGAUUCGCGCUCGUAGGCUCUGCUAUAGUUUUCUCUUUUGGAGUUAUCCUGCAGACUGCCGCGACGGCGAUUCCACUCUUCUUGGCCGGACGCUUCUUUGCUGGUUUUGGUGUUGGGCUGGUUUCUGCUUUGAUUCCAUUAUAUCAGUCUGAGACGGCGCCGAAAUGGAUUCGUGGUGUUAUUGUGGGAGCAUAUCAACUGGCCAUCACCAUUGGGCUUCUCCUAGCUGCCGUCGUGGACAAUGCCACGUCGAAGCGCAAUGACACGGGCUCAUACAGAAUCCCCAUCGCCGUUCAGUUCGCCUAUGCAAUCAUCCUCGGGGGCGGCAUGAUCUUCCUCCCCGAAUCCCCGCGUUACCUCGUCAAACGCACCCGGCAUGACAAGGCUGCGCGUUCCCUCGCCCGCCUCAGACGCCUCGGAGUUGACCACCCAGCCAUCAUUCAGGAGCUAAACGAGAUCGAGGCAAACCACAACUACGAGCUACAUUUGGGAAAGGCGAGCUACCUCGACUGCUUCCGCGGCAACAUCGGGAAGCGGCUUUUGACUGGCUGCUUGCUUCAAGCGCUACAGCAGCUUACUGGUGUCAAUUUCAUUUUCUAUUACGGAACUCAAUACUUUAAAAACUCGGGAAUCACCAACCCCUUCGUCAUCCAAAUGAUCACCAGCGCCGUCAACGUCGCCUCCACCUUCCCCGGUCUCUACGCCAUCGACAAGAUCGGCCGCCGCCCGCUCCUGCUCUGGGGCGCCGUCGGCAUGGCCGUCAGCCAGCUCCUCGUCGCCGUCCUAGGUACAACCACCACCUCCCAAGAUGUCGCGGGCAAUAUUAUUGUUCAUAAUGUCGCAGCGCAGAAGGCGGGGAUUGCAUUCGUCUGUAUUUUCAUAUUCUUCUUUGCAGCUACCUGGGGUCCAAUUGCAUGGGUGGUUACAGGAGAGAUUUUCCCGCUCAAGGUCCGCGCAAAGUGUCUGAGUAUGACUACGGCUACGAAUUGUACGUGUCCUCCUUUCCCUCUCUAGUCUCAAUCGACUACUUCCCCGCCUGUAACAGGUUAACCUCCCAUAGGGCUCUUCAACUGGGCUAUCGCCUACUCAACCCCUUACCUCGUGAAAUGGGGACCCGGCAACGCAAACCUCCAGUCCAAAAUCUUCUUCAUCUGGUUCGGCUGCUGCUUCCUCUGCAUCGCCUUCGUGUACUUCUUCAUCUACGAAACUAAGGGUCUCACGCUCGAGCAAAUCGACGAGCUGUAUGAUGAGGUUAGUGUUGCGAGAAACUCGGUGGGAUGGGUGCCGACUAAACGUUUCGCGGAUAAAUCGCGGAAGGUGGGGGCUGAGGAGGUG